CAAGACAAAAGACAACACUUGCUUUUCGAAGAAACAAGGAGCUACACUAGUAGACGCUAAGGAAGAGGCUAUGAUUCAACUAGGCUACACGCUAAUUCAAAGUAUGGAACCAUCGCUGUCCCAUGUGUCACCGUAACAUGACAUCAAUGUAAAUGAUUUGCAUGUUGAAACUCCGUAUUUAAAAAUAAAAAAUAAAAUAUCAGUGCAACACUUCCAUCAAUAAUUCUUCUCUUCAUUAAAAAAAAUGACAUAUAGUAGCUCGAGGUUUAGGCUGUUAACCUUGGCGAUAGUGUUUAUAUUUUUCAUUGUCUAUUUCUUAUAUUCUGCUUCCUAUACUUCAAAUGAAGAGGCAGGGCUUAUGCAAGAAUAUGAUGAUGAUACUGAUCACCGUCUAUUCAACCAGGGAAGCAUAAAUAAAGAUGCUUGCAACACAAAUACUGUUAUUCGAAAUACAGACCCUAAUCAUGUAAAUGCUCAUAUUGACAUGUGGAGAAGAUUAAGCAACGAGGCAAUAGAAGUAUACCGAAAAAGAUGGCAAAGGUUUAUUACAUCUGUCAAAAGAGAGAACAAUAUACCACCUUUUGAAGGACAAGGUAUUGUUAUUGUAGCAGGCAACCAAGAUACGUUCCACCGCGCUUUAAACUCCAUCAAGAUAUUGAGGCAUAUGCAUCACUGCGAUUUGGAUAUUGAAGUAUGGCAUCUUUCGGAUGAACAACCUUCUGUUACUGUACAAAAUGAAUUGGCAGCUUUGGGUGCUGUUGCCAAGGACCUCUCUGACCCAAACCUGCCUCGACCUAUUCAGUCUAGAAGAAACGCUGAUAAGCAGUUUCAAAUUAAAGCUGCAGCUGUCAUCAAUUCAUCUUUUAAGGAAAUUUUGUAUCUCGACUCAGACAAUAUUCCCGCAAGAGACCCUACCUUCUUAUUUGAUACACCCGAGUAUAAGAAAACAGGUGCAUUGUUCUGGCCCGACUUUUGGAAAACACAUGGAGACAAUAAAAUAUUUGAAAUACUUCAUAUUUCUUGCCGUGACGAGUGGGAACAAGAGUCGGGACAAAUGGUAAUUGAUAAGGUCAAGUCAUGGCUACCACUUCAGCUUGCUUGGUAUAUGCAAGAUCAACACGAAAUUUACUUUCAGUUUUUAAAUGGAGACAAGGAUACUUUUAAAUAUGCAUGGCAGGCACUAAAUGCGCCCUAUCAUAUGAUUGAAGCUUUUUUAGGCAUGGCGGGAACCAUGGCAGGAGACCGUUUCUGUGGACACACAAUGCUUCAAUAUUAUCCAACCAAGACCGAAGACUUACUACUAUUUGUUCAUGCCAACCUUUACAAGAUUACGGACAGACGUCACUUUAUAAGCUCAGACAUACCAAAUGCCACUGAGCACCCUUGGGAUUUGUCGAAGCGUUCGACAUUUAGUCAUUCAAAUACAUGGAUUAAGCCUGAAUUUUACAUCUCUGCUGAUGGACGCGCAUGCAUGGAUUUCACACACCGCGAAGGAGAGCCAAAUGCGAUUACAGAAAACUUUGACAGCAUUGUGCCCAAUUUACAGUCUCUCUACGUACAAUUCGACCAAAGUAGUGACUGAAUUAGAAUAAGUUAGGUCAUGUUUCUUGUUUAAUCAAUUGUUGGUCGUGCCUACAACAAUCCUUGUUGGCUCCGUUCCGUCAUUCAAUGUGGUACAGGCUCCAAGAGCUGCGCUUUAUUUUCCCUUUUUAAUAAAAUAAUAUAUAGUAAUAAUAGCUAA